AGGUCUCACGUUUUUACAAAAGUGACAGCUCUACGCUUACGUAAAAAAAAUGUUGCGUAAAAUAUUUUUAAGCUGAAAUAUGCCUCAGAAAUAUCUGCAAUGACAGCUAAAUCACUCUGUUAUGCAAUUUUCAACAGAACACUGGCUCGAAAAUGAAAGUAAGCGAACAUCGGGGAAAAUUCCAGCUUCACGCGCGUUGUGUGUUUUUGUUCUGCAUCUACAUGAUGACACGAUGAGCAGUAGGCCAGUCUUCUCUGAUUAUUCACCUGUUGGCCCCUCCCGGAUGUGAGACAAUAACUGUGCUGAUUCCAUCCUGCUGAUUUCACAUCAGUUUUACCAUCACACCAGAAAAGAUGGACAUCAGGACCAUUGUUUUCUUUGACUUGGAGACUACUGGAUUAGACACAUCAGUUUGUGACAUCAUCCAGCUGGCUGCCGUCUGCGAGGAGAGGGUCUUCAACGGCUACACCCUGCCCCGACAAACCCUCACCGAGAGCGCCACCCAGGUCACGGGCUUCACAGUCAGACCCGGUGGUCUGUUUCUACAUGGGAGGCCUGUGAACACCACCCCCCUCUAUGAUGUUCUCACCUCCUUCAUGGCCUUCCUGCGGUCUUUCCGUCGCCCAGUGCUACUGGCUGCCCACAACGCAAGGCGCUUCGAUGCACCCGUGCUCACCAGAGUGCUGCGGAAACACUCCCUCCUACAGGAGUUCCAGCAGGUGGUGUCCGGCUUUCUGGAUACUUUCCUGAUGAGCAAGAACCUAUACAGGUCUGUAGCCAGUCACUCCCAAGAGUCUUUGGUCCGACACUUCCUGGGAAAAUCCUACAAUGCUCAUAAUGCCGUGGAGGAUGCUAAGAUGCUGCAGGAGCUGUACAAGGCAUGGAGACCAAACCAAUGGGAUGUCUCAAGAUUCAUCUACAGCGCUACCUAUCGGUUUUAAAGGAAAAACCUUUAAGGGAACAAACUUGUUUGAUUAUUUGUCCUUUUGUUCUCAUCAUGUGUCAGAACGUAGCUUUACAGGCUGAAAAUUUGUUUUAAAAAAAUUAGAUAAUGAUUAAAUCAAAUUUCUUGUGAUCAGACAUGGAAAACUCUGUUUCAUGCAGUGGUUAUAUCUUAAUUUAGUUGGUUAUAACCUUCUUGUUCAGUGUGCUAUAACAUUGUUGCUCACAAUUGUUUCACCCUCCCAUUUCUAUUAGCACUUGUUUGGUUUUCCUGUAAAGAUUAAACUUUUAUUUACUGAAA